ACAUACAAAGGUGGCUGGUCCCACCAUGCAGAGUUUGAGAGCACCUGCUCUUACAUGCAGCCGGUGUCUACUGUGGAAUCAAAUUUGCAUAACUGUUUGACUGAUGUUGAUGAACCGUGCAAGCUUGGGUGUUCAGGUUUAUCAUUCUGCACCAAUUUUAACAACCGCCCGACAGAACUGUUCCGCAGCUGCACUGUUGAAGCUGAUCAUGCUGCCCAGAUGGUUCUCAACUCCUGGAAAAAUGGGGUCAUACACCUGCCACAGAUGACUAUUCCUGUCAAAGAUAUCAGCCAAUGCAAACCAGCCAUGUGGAAGGCCAUUGCCUGUGCCUUGGAAAUCAAGCCUUGUGGUUUCCAGCACAGCCUCAUGACCUUAUGCAA